ACUUUCAGUUUCCAUCCAUUCGCGAGGAAAUUGAAACUUACCGAUCUGAGAUCAGCCCGAGAGACGGAGUGGAACGAGAAAGAGCCGACAGACACAAACGUGAGGAGCUCAGUGUUGUUCGCAUCUUUAUUCUCGCCUGCGUCGUUUUCGAUGGACUCUUCCAACUACAUCGCUAAACUCAACGAGUAUUCGCAGAAGACGCGGUCGCAGCUGAACUAUAAGGACCUUGGCUCGAGUGGCCCCGAUCAUAACAAAACAUUCACCCAGAGGGUUGUGCUGAACGACGUGGAGUAUCCGGAGGGCGUGGGGAAGAAUAAGAAGGAGGCGAAACAAGAGGCCGCGAAGAAAGCCCUGAAACAGCUGUUGGAGAACCAUCAGGACACCGAAGACUCAAGUGGAGCUGGAGCGUUUACCUCAUGCAGUUUGCUCAGUGAACGUGUUCAGAAGAACGGAGCGGCUGUAAAACCGGUGGAGUCAACAAUAGGGUCGAAUAACUCCAUUAUUGACAAGACGAGACGCCUGAACAUGAAUUCUCAAGGCAACGGUUUUACUGAGACCAACUUCACAGGACUUGUCAACCAGUACUGUCAGGAGAGGAACUUCUCCUGUGUGUUCUCUGAUGAAGGGAUGUCUGGACCGUCCCACAACCCUCAAUUUUACAUCAGAUUAGUUAUUGACAACAAAAAAUAUCCUGUGGGUGAUGGCAAGAAUAAGAAGGAAGCCAGACAACGUGCAGCUCAGCUGGCCUGGUCUGCUCUACAGGAGCAGUCUGACCGGGACAGUGAGCUGUCAUUCAUGUCAACGUCUUGUGAAAACAGCGCAUCUAUGACUAAAUGGAACAAGCGUGAGUCAUCCUCACAUGACAAGCCAAUGAGCAUCAGUGACUCAGUAGUAUUCAGACAUUCAUCAGACCAUCCAGAGGAACAGAUGAGCCUCGGCUCGACAAAAGGCCCGUCCACUCUACCUUCAGCAGGUUCUCUGAAGACUUCCAAAAAACGGGCAAACGCUACAAGUGAAAUUGUGGCAUUUAAAGCUAAGAAGCAGGAUGAAGAGAUGGAACUUGGCGUCAGGAAAACAUCAACUCCUUCCAGAUUCACAGCAGAGUUUGAUUCUAUUGAGCACCUCGGCAAAGGAGGCUUCGGUUCCGUUUACAAAGCCAGAGAGAAACUGCUGGACACAUGUUAUGCUGUGAAGGUUGUCAAGUAUCAAGAGAAAGCUCUGCGAGAGGUGAAGGCGCUGUCAGACCUCAGUCACCGCAACAUUGUUAGAUACUACAGCUGUUGGUUGGAGGACUCACCGUACAAACAGGAGCCCGGCAGCCUGAGCUCCGAGUGAGUCCCUUCAGAACCUUAUUAAACUGUACGUCACAUAUCUACUCAAAACCUGAGCGUCUGUUUUAUUCUUUGCUUUUUUAGGUCUACCAGUGCUUCAUCAUCACAGUAUUUAUAUAUUAAGAUGGAAUUAUGUGACACCAAAACGCUUCGGAACUGGAUAAGGAACAGGAACCAGAGGACUGAGGACAUCAAGAGACGAGAGGAGAGCCUGAAGAUCGCGCAGCAAAUUGUGCUCGGAGUCGAGUACAUUCACUCCAAAUAUUUCAUUCACAGAGACCUGAAGCCUGAUAACAUCAUGUUUGGACAUGACAAAGCAGUGAAGAUCGGGGACUUUGGUCUGGUCACUGCUGAGGAUCGUGCUGAUGACGGACACCGGCUGAAGAGAAGCAAAGCUGGAACCAAGUCUUACAUGGCUCCAGAACAGAAGAAUCAUCCAGAGUACGAUCACAAGGUGGACAUAUUUGCUUUAGGCUUGAUUUUCUUUGAACUCCUUUGGAAAAUGUCUACCAGCCAUGAAAAAGUGGAGACUUGGGGGAACGUGAGAUGUCAGAAGUUCCCUGAACCAUUUAGAGAUUCUUUUUUCCAGGAGGCACAAAUAGUGAAGCAGAUGCUGAGUGAGAGGCCAGAAGACCGACCUGAAGCAAGUACUGUGAAGGCAGAGGUGGAAAGGUGGACUCAGCAACAGCUGCUACUGAGAAAUGUCACUAACAUGAUGAAACUUAUGGCGUAUGCACGGACGACUGGAUCAGCGCUGAAGUUUGAGGAAGUAGCGGAUGGUGCCGGGAGAGUCGUCUACCGGGCAGUGAUCAAUGGUCAACGCUUCGCCGUUGGUGUUGGAAAGGAUAAGAAGGAAGCCAGGAAGAAUGCAGCCAAGAUUGCCCUGGAUAGUUUGAAAGAAAAGGAAAAUCAGAGACCAGUGGAAACUGUGCGUGAACUCAACCAUAGAAGUCUGCUCAAUGAAUAUGCUCAGAAGAACAGGAUGGUUAUAAAAGCUGUUGAGACAUCAAGGAAUGCUUCACCAUGUUGUAGUUAUGUGGUUGGUGGUACGAAGUACCCAUCAGCCUCUGGAAAAACAAAGAAGGAAGCCAAGGAAGAAGCAGCUAAGCUUGCGUAUCAUGAGAUAAAUGACAGUAGAACUGCAGAGGUGCUUCGUUCAACUUCAUGUGAAGCUGGUGAACAGCUACCUUUACCACGCAGAAGACUGGAGUUCAGUGAUGGCGAAUCAAAUAAGAUGACAGCAAAAAGAGAUUGUGUUGCAUCAAACCAUCCCAAGACUCAGGACACGGUGAAUUCUGAUGAAACAAGUAUAGGUGACAGUCAUUGUGUGACAUCAUUCAGGAACAAAUCAGAAUUCGACUCCAUAGAGCCUCUGGGUAAAGGAGGGUUUGGCAAUGUUUUCAAAGCAAGAGAAAAACUACUGGACAAGUUCUUUGCUAUAAAGAUUGUCCCCUGUAAAGACAAAAAAGCUCUGCGGGAGGUGCAGGCCUUGUGUGAGCUGGACCACUCUAACGUCAUUCGGUAUUUCUCGUCGUGGAUGGACGACACUGGAUGUCCAUGGGACAGUGCGGGCGACAGUUGUAGCACUUCAGAGUCGGACAGUUCUCAGGCUACAACGUUUCUAUAUAUUCAAAUGGACCUGUGUGACACCAAAACACUUAAAGCCUGGAUAGAUGAAUAUAACACCCUGGGUGUGAAGAAGUCGCUGCCAAACUCCAAGAGGAGAAUAAAAGGCCUUGACAUCAUUCUUCAAAUAGUCAGUGGACUUGAGUACAUUCAUUCUAAGAUGUUGAUCCACAGAGACCUGACGCCCUCCAACAUUCUGUUCAAAGGGGAGGGGAACCUAAAGAUUGCAGACUUUGGUCUGGUCACUACUGAGAAGGACCACAAUCAUGCGAAUACGGAUAGAACAGUGGGAAAAGGAACCCCAGUAUAUAUGGCCCCUGAGCAGAAAUGUGAGACCUACGACCGAAAAGUUGACAUUUUUGCUUUGGGGCUGAUAUACUUUGAACUUCUCUGGAAAAUCUCCACUUGUCAUGAAAAAACCAGGGUUUUUAUCGACAUGAAAAGACAGAUAUUUUCCAAGGAGUUCUCAAAAUAUUAUUUUUCAGAGUACGUGAUCAUAAAACCAAUGUUGAGUCUAAAGCCAGAAGAUCGGCCUGAAGCAAGUGCCCUCAAAACCAAACUGGAAUAUUUUAAACGCACACUUGACGCUGAAGAAACUGUGCGCCACGGCAACAGGAGUGUCUGACAAUUUAGUAGAAUAAAGGUUAAUGUAUUUUAUCAUGAUUGAAAAGUGGUUGGUUGUUGUGAUUGUUGUAUUACUAAAGCAUAGCAUAUCUUCUGUAGUUGUGUUUAAGAUAAAUAUUGUCGUUAUUCCUCAAUUUUCACUGCCUUUUAUUGCAUUUUUUACUGCUUUUACUGCCUUUUUACUCAUGUUGGGGACCUAUGCAGGUAUGUGGGGGUUGCAUAUUACUUGUUUCUUUCCGUAAACAUAUUCUGCACAUGGAACCUUUCAUAAUAAAAGUACUUUGAUACCA